AUGAUAACAUUUGUUUUCGCUACCGUAUUCUGUUCGUUGAUGGCUAAAAUCAUGGUGACUCGAUACUUUUUCGAUUAUCCAGUUGUUAUUUUGAUGAUGCAAUCAGCUGCAACUCUCUUUGUUAUUGAAGUUGCCAGAGUUCUCGGAAUCUUGAAGGUUGCUCCAUACUGUUUCGAGAAGGGACGUCAUAUUGUGAUUCCUUCAAUACUUUAUACUAUUUCUCAAUGGAUUACUGUAGCUUCAUUCGAAGGAAUCGCUAUGCCUAACUUUGAUUCAGUGAAGAGAUUCACUCCAAUUCUGAUUCUCAUUGGUUUGGCUGCUCGUUGUCGACAACAAAAAGUAGAUCAAAAUAGAACAUUUAUCAUAAUUGGACUGUCGAUUGCUUCUGCAUUUGCAGUAAAUCUUGACUUUUCAAUCGACAGAUAUUCAUUGAUGUACGGAAUGGUUGGAGCAGUUUUACAAGCAGCCGCACUUAUUCUUUUCGAAGAACAUCUUCAAACUUAUAAUUACACAGAAGUUCUCUACAUGCAUUCAUUUAACUCUCUCGUUUUCUAUCUCCUCGCUGAUAUGGUUCGAGACGAACUUCGUGACGCUUUUAUGUAUAUGAUCACGUCUGCUCAUCCACUUUUCAUUAUUGUCUUCGCCAUCUCAAUGCUCUCCGGAGUCCUUUUUCAUUUCACUGCUUUCUCUUGUCUCGAGAAAAAUGGAUCAUUGAACAUGCAAAUUGUUUCAAAUAUCCGUGCAGUUGCUGAGACUUUCUUCGCUUAUUAUCUUUCGAUUUAUCUCUUUUAUGAUGUUUAUCCAGGAGUCUUGAAUUGGGCAUUCCUUGCUAUAACAUUGGCUGCUGCCAGAGCUCUUUACAGUCGAGACAGUGAACCAGAGAUUGUGAAAGGACCAUGGAUGACAAAGGCUUAA